AUGAUGACCACGGCAUCGAUGCCACAACUUCACUGUAAUUCCACGUUACCGCAACCUCAACUUGGCCUUUUUGGAAGCACUAUUGCUUCAACACCGUCGUCGGCCACUACACCGUCAUCGUUGUGCUCAACACCGGUGACAAUGUUGAAUCCAAAUUUUCCAGCUCUUGUUCAGUAUAUGCAACCAACAACAUUUCCUUAUGCACAACCUUCAUUGGCACCAACAGCAACCCCAACUUCUGUAUUGCCGCCAAAUGCCAGCAUCUUUGAAGGUGUACCAAUAUUUUUAGUUCCACAAAAUGGACUUGGCUCAGCAAAUGUAUCAUUGUCAGCACUUCAGAAAGUUUCUGUAAGUCAAACUAUAAAAGAAAUUAUUAAGUUUAAUUAA